CAACGAAUCACCUUUUUCACCUUUCUAUCAACACCCCACCACCCUUUCUCUCCACAGGUUCGUAACUUCUAAACGAUCAGAUUAUACACAUCAAAAUAGCAUGAGAGAGAGACAGAGAACGAGAUCUCGCAUUCAAUAAUUUAACGAUCCAGACCAUAGCGAAGUUGAGGUUUUGAUCAGAUCAGAAGAGGUUAAUAUCCGAUCAAAAUGUCCACAGAAAGAAACUAUAAUCUGGUUAAGAUGAAAUCCAGUAGCGGAAUUCGAGAUGGAUCAUCAGCUAAAACUAAAUUCGAUCCAUCUGUUAUCAAGAACAAAGUUGUUAGUGGAAGCUCAACCAAGCCAUCGAUUGAUUCAAAGCAUAAAUUUUCGUCCACAACCACAACCACAACCACAUCUAACGUUUCUAAAAUUGAGGCUAAAGGAAAAUCAAUUUUGAGUUCUUCAAAGACCAAAACAACUACAAAGACAGUUAAAUCAAGAGAGAAGAAAGUUUACUCCUUGCCUGGCCAGAAGUAUGAUGUUCCAGAAGAGCGUGAACCUCUAAGGAUCUUUUAUGAGUCAUUGUCUAAACAAAUACCUUCAAGCGAAAUGGCAGAGUUUUGGAUGAUGGAACAUGGGAUGUUGUCACCCGAAAGGGCAAAAAAGGCAUAUGAGAAAAAGCAGAGGAGGCAAAAGGAAAUACGAAUGGGAACUCCUGUCAAAUCUCAGCCACCACCACCACCAAGUAGACCGGACACUUCAAAGAAGCCACAACCAUUUUCACCGCCCAACAGAGGCGGCGAAAGUUCAAAAAAGCCACUGCCGCCGCCACAACCAGUUUCAAAAAAUGGGGAUGCCAAAGCAAAUAAACGAAUUUUGGAUGAUAGUAGUGAAGAUGAUGAUGAUUUUGUGUUGAGCCACAAAAGAAGGAAAGGGUAAAAUGGUAAAAACAUGUAGCGUUGAUGUCAACCG